ACUUGAGAUAACAUAAAAAACGCAUUAAACAAUUCAGAUUUUAUCGUUGGUAUCUCCGACAUGGAUAUGGAAUUCGAGUGCCAAAUGUCUGCUCAGUAGACGACUAAAAGUGAAACAUGAAAAAUGUAAAAAUAACGAAAGCCCCACCAGAUGGGGGUUACGGCUGGGUGAUCGCUAUAGCGAUGGCUCUCAAUAGCUUCAUUUACAUCCCAAUGAUGCAUUGUUUCGGCCUUAUCUUUAAAGAUACAUUCGCCGAAUUGGGAUUAUCAGCAGCUCAAGGCUCUUUUAUAAUGAACCUUCAUGCAGCUUUCGGCCUCCUAACCGGACUUUUGAACGGCGUGUUGUUAAAAAUGUUCGGUUACCGGAAAAUCGCCCUAGUCGCUGCAGUCCUAUACUUUUCCGGGGUCACACUGACUUCACUCGCCCGGAGUUUCCAAUUUUUUAUCAUUUCUUACGGAAUGAUCGCAUCUUUGGGUUUGGGCAUGUCGCGAGCUUCGUACAGCUUAGCCCUCAACACCUACUUCCGGAAACGCCGGAGCAAAGCGAUGAGUGUUGCAGUCACAAUCACCGGAUUUGGCUCAAUAGUGAUACCGCAAUUAAUCAAUUUGUUAAUGAAGUUUUAUACACCGGAAGGAGUAAUUUUGAUUUUUGGCGGGAUCUGUGCACAUUUUUUUGUCACAGCUUUGCUUUUACAGCCGGUCAAAUGGCACAUGAAAGUGGAAGAGGAACCGCUCACUGUGCAAGACAGAAAUUCGAAAGAUGAGUAUUGUGAUAAUGAGAUUUGCGACAGCAGUUUAAGCUUGAAUCAACCGGCGAAAAACCAACGCUUGAGCAACAUUGCCAAAUUCUUCGAUUUGGAUUUACUCAAAGAUCCGAUUUUCGUCAACAUUUUAAUCGGACUUGCGUUUGCAGUUUUCUCCGAAUUGAAUUUCACGAUUUUAAUUCCCUUUAUUUUGAAUGAUUUGGGGCUCAACAACGACCAAAUUGCGACUUUUCUCUCCAUGGCGGGGGUGGCCGACAUCGCGUUCAGAUUUUUAGCACCUUAUAUUGGAGAUUGUUUGAAAACUUCACCGCGACAAAUGUUUAUUUUCACACUAAUUGUGCUCAUUAUCAUGAGAUCAAUUCUUUUAAUCUCGACACACUUUUACGCAAUUUUGGGUAUUGCAGCAGGACUUGGGAUUGCGAAAGGAGUGAGGAGGGUCUAUGUGGGAUUAAUUAUACCCUCCCAUGUCACCCUAGAAAAAUUACCAUCGGCCUCGGGGAUGGAAAUGAUGGCCAAUGGUUUCUGCAUUUUAACAGGAGGAUUUAUUCUAGGAAUUGUGCGCGAUUUGACCGGAAGUUAUUUCUUUUGUAUCGUAAUUAUGAACUUUGUUACUUUCUUAACGAUCGUCCUGUGGACCAUCGAAGGGCUUAUUUUCAAAUAUAAGAAAAAUGACCCAGAGGCUAGUGAUACAACAAACAAUAAAAUAUAAAUUAUUGUAAAUUGAAACUUAAUAAAGUUCUACAUUUUUUAA